UUACCUGACGUUCCCCAUACAACCAAGGAAGUGAUGAGGAGGCAUCGGUGUAGAGGAAAGAAUACUGAAAUAAGAGACAGGGAGCCUGGUUCUAACUCUGACUCUCCACUAACUUGCCAAGUGACCUUGGGCAAGUCUUUCCCAGGGAUUCAGGGGCAGAGGACAAUGCUUCACUCCAACAGAAGAAAUCUGAAUUCUUACAAGGGGAAGAGGCCCUGAACCCAGAGAUGACUCUGUCCCUACACGGGGAUAUCAACCUAGAGGACAUUCUCUACCUUGGAGGCACAGAUGAUGCUGAUGAGGUACUCUAUGUAGAAGAGACAUUGAACUCAGAAGAGGAAGCUGACCCAGAGGAGCCGCUAUAUGUAAGAGAGACAGUCACCCCAGAGGAGACACUGCAUGUGAAGGAGAUAUUCAACCCAGAGACACUGAACCAAGAGGAGACAAUUACUCCAGAGGAGACAUUACAUGUGACAGAGAGAGCUGACCCAGAGGAGAUACCAAAUCCAGAGGAGACCAACGCACAAGGGGAGAAAGGCAGCUCGGAGGAGAAGCCUGCCUCCAAGGAGAGUCUCAGGGUUGAGGACAGCCUGAGUCCAGAGGAGUUGGAGCUGCUGGAGUGCCGUUUCCAGCAAUGCAUUGAAGCUGUAGCACAGCUGGAGGAGGAGCGCGACCGCCUCAUCCACGAGCUAGUGCUGCUUCGGGAACCAGUUCUACAGGAGGUACAGAAGGUCCACCAGGACAUCCUGGCUGCCUACAAGCUACAUGCCCAGGGAGAGCUGGAGUGCGACGGGCUAAGGGAGGAGAUCCGGGUGGUGAAGCAAAAGCUGUUCAAAGUGACAAAAGAAUGUGUAGCCUACCAGUACCAGCUGGAGUGCCGGCAGCAGGAAGUCGCCCAGUUUGCCACCUGCCAGGAGGAGCUCACCACUCGUGUUGCCCGACUAUCCGAGGAGCUAGCCCAACUCAAAGACACAUGUGAGAAACAGAAAGGGCAUUUCCGGCAGCAGCUAGAAGCCCCUCGGAGUCAGGGGGAUAGCCAUUUUCUACAGGAGAGCCGGAGGCUCUCUGCUGAGUUUGAGAGUUUCAUGGCAGAAAGCCGCCAGGGCCUAGAAGAAGAGUAUGAACCCCAACUGAUGAGACUCCUCGAGAGGAAGGAUGCUGGGGCAAAGGCAUUACAGAAAACACAGGCAGAAAUUCAAGCGAUGAAGGAGGCCUUGAGACCGCUACAAGGAGAGGCCAGACAACUCAGUUUGCAAAACAGGAACCUGGAAGACCAGAUCUUGCUUCUGAGACAGAAACGGGAUGAGGAGGUGAAACAGUACAGGGAACAGAUGGAAGAAAUGGAAGACAGACAGAGGCAAUUGAAAAGCCGAGUACAACUCCAGCAGCAGAAGAACAAAGAGAUGGAGGAGCUAAGGAUCAGCCUCACUGAAGAGCUCUCUAUUUAUAAGGCUAUGCUACCCAAGAAGGCAGAGCAGCUCGAGGCCCCCACUCCUCUGGGAAGUGGAAUGGAGACACAGUCUCAAGGUGAUCUCUCUGGAGCUGUUUAGAAAUCUAUGGCCGACUCUGUAACCCAGAAACAAAAGACAAAAGCUCUUAGCGAAGGAGCACUAAAGCCUCAUUGGACAUUUUUUCUUUUCAACAUAAAAGGGAAUACGAGGGACCUGGUAAAAUGCUCCAUCCUGUGAAAGGCGUAAGCAUUGGCCUAUCAGUUUUAAAGAGAUUUGCUGCCCUCCCUGCCAGAAGCAGAAUACCAGGCAACCUUCAGCUUGUUGGGCAUAGAGCUUAUUGCACUGAAGAAUGGAAGCACCUGCUGCCCCCUAGCAGACUCAUGUGCACGCUAUGAAAAGGACACACCAACGGUGACCAAUGUAUGCCUUGCAGUGUUAUGAAGCAGAAAUUGUUGCCUUACUUUGAUUCAAAGCUCGAAGCCUUUGUAAGGCAGAGCAAAUGUCAACAAGGCAGCCCAUUUUAAUUAAGUGGAGUUUUAAAGUUUGAUUUACCUGUGCCACAAGUGUCUGACUUUAAAUAGAAGUUUUUCUUAAAGCUAA